CUCUGUGCUGAGUUGAUGUCUUGAAGUGUGUCUCGUUCAAGAAAAUAAACCUGUCGCGCGCGCGUGUGUGUAUGUAUGUGUGUGUGUGUGUAUAUAUAUAUAUAUAUAUAAUGGGUUUGAAGGAAUAAAGAGUCUCCUCGUCCGACCAGUUUUUCCAGUUUGAUUUAGACACGUAACACACACAACAGCCCUUCAACACUGGCACAGCACGAACAUGGAGCAAUAAGUCUGUCUUAACACCUCCAAAGGAUUCACACAAGUCACUUUGAGAUCGUGUGUAGUGGUCAGGAUGAGCGCUCGGCAUCGAGCAGAUUCCCAGGACUCCCUGGACCAGCCGGACGAUGAGGUUGUGCCUUACAGUGACGACGAAACUGACGAUGAAUUAGAUGAUGAGCUGGAAACAAGAGAAGAUCUGCCACCAGAACCAGGAGUAGGAGAAGAAAUCAGACCCACAGCUACUGGAGAGGCCGGUUGGAGUGUCCGAGCGAACGACAGAGAAUACUGCAAACGACCAGAGUUCCAGAAAAAGGUCUUUCUGUGUAUCAAGAAAAGCAAAUACUCUGGAAAUGCGAUCAAGACUUAUAAAUACAACGUCCUCACCUUCCUGCCCUUGAACCUGUAUGAGCAGUUUAAGAGAGCAGCUAACCUCUACUUCCUGUGUCUCCUCAUCCUACAGAUUAUUCCUCAAAUCACCACACUGCCUUGGUACACCACCCUAGUGCCAUUAGUGCUGGUGCUUGGCAUCACUGCCAUCAAAGACCUGGUGGACGACCUGGCUCGACACAGAAUGGACAAAGAAAUCAACAACAGGAAGUGUGACGUGUUGCUUAACGGCAGAUUUGUCGAGACCAGAUGGAUGCACUUGCAAGUUGGUGAUAUUGUACGACUAAAGAAAAACGAUUUUAUCCCAGCAGACAUUCUGUCGUUAUCCAGUUCAAACCCCAACAGUCUGUGUUAUGUAGAGACGGCAGAACUUGAUGGAGAGACGAAUCUGAAGUUUAAGAUGGGUCUGAAAGUGACAGAUGAAAAUCUUCAAGAGGAGGAACAGAUGGCGAGGUUUAAUGCGAUAGUUGUGUGUGAAGAACCCAACAAUCGUUUGGAUAAGUUUGUGGGAACGAUGAUCUGGGAUUCUCAGAGUUACUCUCUCGAUCUCGACAACAUGCUGCUCAGAGGAUGCAAAAUUCGCAACACCGAAGUGUGUCAUGGGCUGGUCAUAUUUGCAGGAAAUGACACUAAAAUAAUGAGAAAUGGAGGAAAGACCAGAUUCAAACGCACCAAAAUAGACAAGCUCAUGAAUUACAUGGUCUACACUAUCUUUGUCAUGCUGAUUUUGAUCUGUGCUGGUCUGUCCAUCGGACACACAUACUGGUACGAGAGCAUCGGCAGUAAGGCCUGGUAUCUUUACGAUGGUUCGGGCUACACUUCAUCUUACAGAGGGUUCCUCAGUUUCUGGGGCUACAUCAUCAUCCUCAACACCAUGGUGCCCAUCUCUCUUUAUGUGAGUGUGGAGGUGAUCCGGUUGGGUCAGAGUAAGUUCAUUAACUGGGAUCUGCAGAUGUACUACGCUGAAAAGGACACACCAGCUAAAGCCAGAACCACCACACUGAACGAGCAGCUUGGCCAGAUUGAGUACAUCUUCUCUGAUAAAACCGGCACGCUCACGCAGAAUAUCAUGGCCUUCAAGAAGUGCAGCAUCUCAGGAUGUACCUAUGGCGAUCCCACCAGUGCUGAUGGUGUGGCCUUGGAUCAUGCAAAGCCUGCAGAUUUCAGCUGGAAUAAGUACGCUGACAGGAAGUUCCAGUUUUCAGACAGUUUCCUAAUUUCCUGUAUCUGUUUGAAGAAGGACCCUGCAAUACUGGAGUUCUUCAAGCUGUUGUCCUUGUGUCACACUGUCAUGGUAGAACAGAAAAAUGAUGAUCUUGUGUACCAGGCGGCGUCUCCUGAUGAGGGCGCUCUGGUAACAGCCGCACGGAACUUCGGCUUUGUGUUUCUGUCCCGAACACAGGACACCAUCACUGUCAGUGAGAUGGGUAAAGUGGAAACUUACGAGGUGCUCGCGCUGCUCGACUUCAACAGCGACCGCAAGCGCAUGUCCAUCAUCCUGAAGUUUCCAGAUGGUCGUAUUCGGCUGUACUGUAAGGGCGCAGACACUGUGAUCUACCAGCGACUCGAUCCAAAUUCCCAGCAUAAAGAGAAGACUCAGGAAGCUCUGGACAUCUUUGCAAAUGAGACACUGCGGACUCUGUGUCUCUGUUACAAGGACAUCAGUCAAGCAGACUUCGACGUCUGGGUGACGAAACAUCAGGCCGCUAGCAUUUCCAUGGGUAACCGCGAGGAAGCUCUGGACCGCGUGUACGAGGAGAUCGAAGAUAACCUUCUGCUGAUUGGUGCGACAGCCAUUGAAGACAAACUUCAGGACGGCGUUCCGGAGACCAUCGCAAAACUAGCCAAGGCUGACAUCAAGAUAUGGGUUCUGACUGGAGACAAGAAAGAGACGGCUGAAAAUAUCGGCUACUCGUGCCAGCUGCUGACCGAUGACAUGAAGAUCCACUAUGGAGAGGACGUGAAUGAACAGCUGAGGAACAGACAGGCAAACAGACGCAGUGACCCUCAAGGAAGGAAUAAGAAGAACAAGGAGCUGUUUUUCACAGAGCCUGGCAAGAACGCCCUCAUCAUCACCGGAGGCUGGCUGAAUGAGAUCCUGUACGAGAAGAAAAAGAAGCGUCGUCGUUUGCGCCUGAAGAAGCUCGGCAAACGGCACACCAACCCCAGCAACCCUCAGGACAGCAACCAGCCCAUCGAUGACUGGGAGAAAGAAAAGAGACAGGAGGACUUUGUUGACAUGGCGUGUGAAUGCAGUGCAGUGAUCUGUUGCAGAGUGACCCCCAAACAGAAGGCCAACGUGGUCAGUCUGGUGAAACGCUACAAGAAGGCUUGCACUCUGUCUAUCGGAGACGGAGCCAAUGAUGUCAAUAUGAUAAAGACUGCAGACAUUGGCGUAGGCAUUAGCGGUCAGGAGGGCAUGCAGGCUGUCAUGUCCAGCGAUUACGCUUUCGCACAGUUUCGUUAUCUUGAGCGCCUCCUGCUGGUACACGGGCGCUGGUCCUACAUCCGCAUGUGCAAAUUCCUGCGUUAUUUCUUCUACAAGAACUUCGCCUUCACCUUGGUCCACUUCUGGUUCUCGUUCUUCAAUGGAUUUUCCUCACAGACGGCAUAUGAAGAUUGGUUCAUCACUCUGUACAACGUUUGCUACAGCAGUCUGCCGGUUCUCCUUGUUGGUCUUCUGGAUCAGGAUGUGAAUGACAAACUGAGUUUACGGUUCCCGAAGCUUUAUCUUCCGGGUCAGCAGGGGACGCUGUUUAACUACAGGAACUUCUUCAUCAGUUUGUUUCACGGGAUCUUCACGUCACUCAUGAUCUUCUUCAUUCCGUACGGUGCGUUCCUGCAGACGAUGGGUCAAGACGGGGAGGCUCCGUCAGACUAUCAGUCAUUCGCCGUGGUAGCCGCGUCAUCGCUCAUCAUCACCGUAAACCUGCAGAUCUCAUUGAACACAUCCUAUUGGACGUUCGUGAACUUUUUCGCAGUGCUCGGCAGUAUCGCUAUUUACUUCGGCAUCAUGUUUGAUAUCCACAGCGCAGGAAUACACGUCAUUUUCCCAGCAACUUUCACGUUUACAGGUGCGGCGUCCAACGCUCUGAGGCAGCCGUACCUGUGGCUGACCAUCAUCCUGACGGUGGGGAUCUGUCUCCUUCCUGUCAUCUGCAUCCAGUUCCUCUAUCAAACCAUCUGGCCUUCUGUCGCCGACAAGGUUCAGAAAAACAGGAAAAAAUACGAAAUGGAAGAGGAAAAGGAGGAGAGAAAGAAGAGGAAGCCCACGUUCCAGCGCGGCGGACGUUCUCGACGCUCAGCGUAUGCGUUCUCGCACUCCCAAGGUUACGCCGACCUCAUCCGCACGGGUCGCAGCAUACGCCAGAAACCGCGCGUGCGCCCUGAACUCCGAGAGAGCAUACGAGAGGUUCCUCAAGCUGAAAACAUCUGAAAUGUUCACGACCCACUCGGGCUGCGCUCCAAAUGCACUCCAAACACUGCUUAGUAAUAAAUACUGAAUGUGUUCAAGUUAUGUGCCUUUGCCCAAUCAUAUCUGAGCUGCCCACUGGAAUGGGCCAAUAGGAAGAGCCGUAGUGAGAUCUAAGGGGGAGGGGUUUAAUGAAAGCGCUAAUGGGAGAUGGGGGAAGGUCUAACAAGGGCUUUAAAUCUACAGUACAAUUAAACACUCACCGAUGACCAGUUCUGGUUUUAAUGUUGUGCACUGCGCACAACAAAUUGUAUAUCUCAGGUUUUUGUUUUAUGAUGUCACACUUGUGUCAGUGGUUGGGACCUUGAUUCGUUUUUGCAUAUGUGCAAUGAAGGGUCCUGUGUGUGAAUGUGAAUGUGUGUGUGUGUGUGUGAAUGAUUUUACACAGGAAAAAAUGAUUUCCUUAAUCAGUAUUUUUCUCAUUAAUCAGUAAAAAUAUAUAAACACCUUAAAGCAAGAUGUAAAAUUGUGUAAGGUAAAAAGACCAAAAAAAAAAAAUGUUCUACCUUGAAUCAAAAUACGUUCUCUGAGAACAAGUCUUAAUAUCUUACGCAGUUUUAUCUCCUCAUGUAAAUAUAUCUUGUUUUUGGACAUUUUUACUAGAAGAGACAAAAGUACUGAGUAAGAAAAUUAGUUGCGGUGCAGUGAUAUAAAAACAGAGAUUUAUUCACGUCAUUUAUGCACGUUUAAGUGGACAUGUUUAUCCUUAAAUGGGAACUCAGUAAGGAAUGAUCCAAAAUAAUUUGAUCCCUUUGGCGGGAUAUCCAAAUAAAGGGCUGAAUCCUACAAACGUCCCGAUGAAUUGUCCUCACGGAUUGAAGCUUUUCAGGGUGUUGGUCUCUUGUUCUCGAUGAUGUUCCUUACGGUUAACCGUUCUGCUUUAUGAAUAAAUUAAUCAACUGUAGAGUGGUAAACCUCAUGUUUACAUAAAUACUACUCAACUCAUGUUCCUCAAAGUCCUCUAUUCUCAGCGGAAAUUGUUCUGGCUCCUUUUUUAAAGACAUGACCCGUAAAAUCUGUCUAGAAGGCCACUGAUCUUUUAAAUGCACUCGUGUCUUCUGUGAUUUAAUAUUUCAUUGUGUUUCUUUUAAAUGGGUUGUUUUGCCAUCAGACACAGCUGUGUACGAUUAAAGAUGUAAUGAGGUAGAUCUCGUUUUCUUUCAUCAUGUCUGCACUUUGGUUCAGGGACUUGGGAGAUGGAGAUAUCUUUCUCAUUUUUUACACUAGUUACGUGAAAACUGUUACAUGAUUUUUUAAAUAAAUUUACCAUAUUAUCGCUUAAGAGAAAGCAUUAUAUAAAUUAGGCUGCCCAAUGUAUAUGAACCCUUAAAGAGGCGUUAUGCAGCCACAUCACUGUGCCUUAGAAUCUAACAGACCUACCUUUACACAACUGUGUGGAUUGUCUGUCUGUAAUGUACUGUAAUAUACUUUGCACAAAUGUCUAUAAAUAAAGAAUAUCAUCGUAGCAUUUUUGGCAUUGUGACUUU